UUAACCCAUUUCGCGCUUCUUCUCCCUCUUUCCAACACUUUCUCUCCGUUUCUUCUCCUUGCUUUCCCUUUCAUUCCGGAUUUUUUUUUAAAAUUGUUUUGUAGAUUUUGUACGGAAAUAGAAUGGACAUGGCAGAAAGUUUCGUUAGAAUCACUGGCGGCUCCGCCGUUUCUCAGGCAAGAGAAGAAGAAGAAGAAGAAGAAGAAGACGACGAAGAAAGAAGCAGAAUAUUUUCACAGCUAAAACCCUACUGUUUGGAGCUUCUAGAACUUUCUCAAAACCCUAAAAAACAUGCUUCUUCAAUCCCGGCGUUGCUCCAUCUGCUUCGCUCUUCCCCGCCCAAUUCCCUCCACCCAUUCUUUGACUACACUUUGUUCCCGUUGCUGCUUUUGCUGGAUGCUGCGGUUGAUUGCAGGAGUUCUCAGAAUAAAAGUGAAAGUAGUAAUUAUAAAAGAGUUAGCGAUAAAGUAGCUGAAGGAGUAGUGGAGUGUUUGGAAGAGCUUCUCAAGAAAUGCCAUUUGAGUUCUGUGGAUCAGAUGGUUGUGGUUCUGAAAAAAUUGACUUAUGCUGCUUUGCUCUCUCCAUCUGAGGCAUCAGAAGAGUUUCGUGAAGGAGUUAUCAAGUGUUUCAGGGCUCUGCUUCUGAAUUUACAUCAUUGUUCCAAUCAGUCCUGCUUGUGCAAACAAAGUCUUGAUCUACCGAUGCUCUUAGCAACUAGAGAUAUGCUGAUGCCAAAUGGAACUCUAGAGUUUGACUUGGAACAAGGAGAAUGUUUACUAGCAUUUUUGCAGUCAGAAGCAGCUUCGGCUGCUGUGGGACACUGGCUAUCGCUUCUGCUCAAAGCUGCAGAUACUGAGGUUACACGAGGACAUCGAGGUAGUGCAAAUCUGCGUAUUGAAUCCUUUUUAACCCUACGUGUUCUUGUUGCUAAGGUUGGUACUGCAGAUGCGUUGGCUUUCUUCUUACCUGGUGUUGUUAGUCAGUUUGCCAAAGUGUUGCACAUUUCAAAAGCAAUGAUAAGUGGGGCUGCUGGAAGUGUAGAAGCUAUUGACCAAGCAAUUAGGGGAUUGGCUGAGUACCUUAUGAUAGUCCUCCAAGAUGAUGCCAAUUUAUCUGGUCUUGAUAUGUACAAAGAUGAUUCUUUUGGCCAUAAGUCAAAUAAGUACAAAUCUACGACUUCAUUCUUGGAGGAACUCCGUCAGUUACCAUUGAAAGCUCAGAGCAGAAGAAUGCUGGAAAAUGUAAAUGGUGAAUCAAUCAAUUCAGUUAGUACUAAGACUGAAUCUGGAGAGAAAAGUAGCCCCAAUCUUGACAAAGGAAUGGGAUCUUUUCAUGUAGAUCGUACAAAAGAGUGGAUUGAGAAAACCUCUGGGCACGUGAACAAACUAUUAUGUGCAACAUUUCCCUACAUAUGUGUUUAUCAAGCAAAAAAGGUGAGACACGGGCUUUUUGUUGCCAUCCGGGGGCUGCUAUUGAAGUGCAAUUUCACGCUAGAAAAGAGCAAACAGAUGUUUUUGGAGUGCUUAUGUGCUUUGGUUGUUGAUGAUUCUGAAGAGAUUUCAGCUGCUGCUCAGGACUUUAUGGAAUAUUUAUUCUCGGCCUCUGGGAAACAUCAUGUAGAACAUGACAUUGCUGCGAUUUUUAGCAGGCUUAUUGAAAAGCUUCCAAAGACGGUGCUUGGGAGUGAUGAAUCACUUGCACUUUCACAUGUUCAGCAAUUGCUUACAGUGAUAUAUUACUCUGGUCCUCAGUUUCUGUUGCAUCACCUCCAAUCUCCUGUUACAGCUGCUAGACUAUUGGAUGUUUUUGCCCUCUGUCUUAGUCAGAAUUCGGCUUUUACUGGUUCUCUAAGCAAGCUUGUUUCAACAAGGUCGUCUUCUGUAGGAUACCUUCCCUCUGUUGAUGAGUUGAAAGGCUUGCAUAUUGUGGGUGACAGUGAGGUCUUACACAGUGCUGCUUCAUCUAAAAGUUCAAAGCUCACAGGUAUCCAUGAAAUUGGAAAACAACACACUGCAGAAGCUAGGCAGGCAAAUUUUGAGUUGCCACGCAUGCCCCCUUGGUUUGUUUAUGUUGGGGGCCAGAAGUUAUACAAGGCUCUUGCUGGGAUUCUUAGACUUGUAGGUUUAUCUUUAAUGGCAGACUAUAAAAGUGAAGGUCAUUUAUCAGUUAUUACUGAUAUUCCCUUGGGCUACUUGCGUAAAUUGGUUUUGGAAGUUAGACAGAAGGAAUACACUAAAGAAAGCUGGCAGUCUUGGUACCACCGAACUGGUUCAGGGCAGUUACUGCGCCAGGCCAGCACUGCUGUAUGUAUUCUAAAUGAGAUGAUAUUUGGCAUAUCGGGUCAGGCAGUUGAUGCUUUUACAAGAAUGUUUCAGAAAUCCAAGAUAAAAGGGGCAGAAUUUCAGGAAUCUGAUGAUGUAUCUUCUGGUGGCCAGCCUCACAAACAUAAACCUGCUGUGUUAGAUGAAUCUGUUUGGAAAAUUGCAUUGCAGAAGGGUUCUAGGGAUCACUUCAUUGAUUGUAUUGGGAAAAUCUUACAUGAAUAUCUUUGUUCUGAAGUUUGGGAACUUCCAGUAGAUCAUCCAUCUUUGCUAAUGCAGUCUGGUGCUGAAGUUGAAGAUAUUACUUCGUAUUUUUUCCGUGAUAUUGCCAUGUUACAUCAGGUUAUUAUUGACGGAAUAGGCAUCUUUGCCUUGUGCCUCGGAAGUGAUUUUGCUUCCAGUGGUUUCCUUCAUUCGUCUCUGUAUCUGUUACUCGAGAAUCUUAUAUGUUCAAACUUUGAAGUUAGGAGUUCCUCUGAUGCCGUUUUACAUCUUCUUUCCACUACAUCUGGCCAUUCAACGGUUGGGCAAUUGGUUUUGGCAAAUGCUGAUUACAUAGUCGAUUCUGUAUGUCGGCAAUUACGGCAUCUUGAUUUGAACCCUCAUGUGCCAAAUGUGCUUGCUUCAAUGCUUUCCUAUGUUGGAGUGGGUCAUAAAAUAUUGCCUCUGUUGGAGGAACCGAUGCGCUGCGUUUCACAGGAGCUUGAAAUUCUUGGCAGGCAUAAACACCCUGAUUUAACUAUCCCCUUUCUAAAGGCUGUAUCUGAGAUUGGAAAGGCUUCCAAGCGUGAGGCUUUUUCCUUGCCCUCUCAAGCACACUGUAAUCUGAUGCUUUUCAAGUCCAAAGUAUCUGACAGUGAAAAGGAAGUUCAAGCAGAACUAAGACAAGGUUCGAGCUCAGGUUUUGCUGAUGGGAUUGAUGUGACACUUAUGGAAUCAGAGCAAUGGGAAACUAUAGUGUUCAAGUUGACUGAUUCCAGAAGAUAUAGACAAACUGUUGGAUCUAUCGUGGGUUCAUGUUUAACAGCUGCAACUCCUUUGCUGGCUUCUAUGAGUCAAGCAGCAUGCUUGGCGGCACUGGACAUAAUUGAGGAUGGCAUAUCAACUCUAGCAAAAGUCGAAGAAGCGUAUAAGUUGGAGAAGGAGACUAAAGAAGCAAUUGAAGAAGAGCUUCAAUCGUGUUCAUUAUAUCAGCUGAAAGACACUUUGACUGCAGCUGAUGACAGUACCGUUGAGAACAGGUUGCUUCCAGCAAUGAAUAAAAUAUGGCCGCUCUUGGUGGUUUGUGUUCAACAAAAAAACACGGUGGUUGUCCGGAGGUGUUUUAGUGUCAUAAGCAGUGUCGUGCAAAUUUGCGGUGGAGAUUUCUUUUCCCGUCGCUUCCACACCGAUGGCCCCCAUUUCUGGAAACUUUUAAGUUCGUCUCCAUUCCAAAAGAAGCCAAACUCGAAAGAACGAACCCCAUUACGACUUCCUUACCGAAGUGCUGAUGUUUCUUCAGAGGACACCAUAGCUGAAACUUCGAGUUUGAAAGUACAGGUAGCACUGCUCAAGAUGAUUGCCAACUUAUCCCAAAACAAAAGAAGUGCUUCAGCAUUGGAAGUUGUUAUGAAGAAGGUUAGUGGUCUUGUCGUGGGGAUAGCAUGCAGUGGAGUUGCCGGGCUUCACGAUGCGUCGGUGAAUGCACUAAAGGGACUUGCAUCCAUUGACCCUGAUCUUAUAUGGCUUCUUUUAGCUGAUGUUUACUAUUCUUCGAAGAAGAAUGACUUGCCUUCACCACCAACCUUGGAUUUUCCCGGAAUCUCUGAAAUUCUUCCACCGGUUACGUCUUGUAAAGAGUUCCUUUAUGUGAAAUAUGGAGGCCAGAGUUACGGUUUUGAUGUAGAUUUUAAAUCAGUGGAACGUGUAUUUAGAAAAUUGCAGACUUUUGGUGUUAUUUAAAGCUGAUUAAUAGCUAAAAUAUUGUAAAUUUAAAAGCUCUUUUUGUUUUGUGAUUCUAUUGGGUGCCUUUGGUUAGGAUGGCAAAUGCUGAGGCCAUUUUUUUCGAAAGGUGAACAUUUGAAUUGAAUUUUGUAGCUUUUUUUUUUUUAAAUUAAUUUAUUUGAUUUGAAUUGUUUUGAGA